GGGUAUAAAGGCGGCGGAGGAGCGCAGGAGCCGCUGCUCGCGGCUCGGUGCUGCUGCUCGGGGACACUGCGGGCACGGGAGGGCACGGGAGGCACCAGGAUGCGGGGGCUGGUGGCGCUGCUGGCGGCGCUGAGCUGCGCGGCCCCGGCGGGGCGGGCGGCGGCUCCCGGGGGUGCCCUCAGCUCCAACGCCAUCAAGGGACCCCCCCCGGGGGGGGCGGCCGAGGCCAGCGCCGCCCCCGCACCCCCUUUCGACGGCAGCAACAAGGCCCCGCCAGCCGCCACCCGGCAGCCUUUCCCGUGCGCCGAAGAUGAGGACUGCGGCCCCGAGGAGUUCUGCGGGGGGGCGGCCCGCGGCGGGGGGGCCCCGCUGUGCCUCGGCUGCCGGCGGCGCCGCAAGCGCUGCCUGCGCGAUGCCAUGUGCUGCCCCGGCAUGACCUGCAGCAACGGUCUCUGCACGGCCCCGGAGCCGCCCCACGGAGCGGCCGAGCUGGAGGAGACGGGCACUGAGGCUCUGCCCCGACGGACGCCCGCUCCCGCCUGGCUCCCCACUGCCAAAGGAGAGGAAGGCGACUUCUGCCUGCGUUCGUCGGACUGCGCGGCCGGGCUGUGCUGCGCCCGCCACUUCUGGUCCAAGAUCUGCAAGCCGGUGCUGCGGGAGGGGCAGGUGUGUACCCGGCACCGGCGGAAAGGCACCCACGGCCUGGAGAUCUUCCAGCGCUGCCCGUGUGCCGAGGGGCUGGCGUGCCGCCUGCAGCGGGAGCACGGCCCCGCCGACGCGUCCCGCCUGCACACGUGCCAGCGGCAUUGAGCGACACACGGACGGGACCGGACACACGGACGCGACAGACUCCGGUCCCACCUGCACACGUGCCAGCGGCACUGAGCGACACACGGACGGGACCGGACACACGGACGCGACAGACUCCGGUCCCACCUGCACACGUGCCAGCGGCACUGAGCGACACACGGACGGGACCGGACACACGGACGCGACAGACUCCGGCCCCGCCGGAGCGAAGGUUGUUUCUCAAGGGAACUACUCCGAAGCGACUUCUUGCAGUACGUUACUGUGUUGUGAAUACUCGAGCUGGCACUUAGCUGUACAUAACGCCGGGACUUUUAAUGACUUUUAAUGAGUUGUUUUGUGUUUCUCUGAGGGCGCUGCCCGGCGCUCCGCAAGCCGUGACUGUGACUUUGUACACACUGGGUUUUUAAGGGAUGCCACCGUCUGCGUGCGAGCGAAUAAACUUUUUAAAUUCAGCCUGCGCUGCC